UACUUAAUUUGAAAAUUUUACUAAAAAUUUAUUCAAAUAUCAUUAUGUAUCUUUAAAUUUAUAUAAACUUAUAUAUAUAUAUAAAUUUUUAUUUUAUUUUUUUUAAUAUAUGUUGCAACAUAUUUUAUAUAUAGUUACUAUAUCAUUCUAUGUAUCAGAUUUAAAAUUUUAAUAGUUGAUUUUUAUAUAUAUAGCAUGUUGCUCACUUGAAUAUGAUUGAUUCAUGUUCGAAGAUAUAGAUAUGUUUAUAAUUUUUAAUUUGUAUAAUAAUUUAUUUUUUAAAUAAUAUAGCUAAGUUCUACGUUAAUUUCAUUGUGUUUGACAAUAGGAAUUUUUAAUGAAAAUUAACAUUCAUCUAAUAGUUAUUUAAAAAAAGUAAACGCCAUUAUUAUCUCAGUAUAUAAGUACGAAAUAUAAAAAAAAAACAUGAAAAGUAGUUCUUAUACGUUAAGAAAAAGAUUUAAAAAUGAUGCUAUGGAACAAUUAUCAAAGAAAGAAAAUAAAUUACAAGUUUUAUAUAAAUUGUGUAAGCCAGUUUAUGUAAAUAUCAUAAAAUUACCAAUAAAUAAAUCAGAGAUAAAAAAAUGCUGUGAAAAAGAUUCAUUUAUAAGUCAAAUAAAAGAUAUAUCAAAAAAUAGAAAACGAAAAACUAAAAAUGUUAAAAGAAUAAAUUCCAAAUAUAAUCAUUUACAUCAUUUAUGUAAUUCAAAAACUAAAAUUAAAUCUCAAAAUGUGUUAUUUUCUAAAGAAACAAAAAAUAAAGAUAAAACAUUGCUUAUAAAGAAUUUAUCAAAAAACAUUAAGCAACCAUGCAUAAAAUUACACAAAAUAGAUGAAGUAAUCAAUAAAUUAGCACAAACAUUUACAAAAAGAAUUUCAACUAAAGAAUGUACAGUAAAUGUAAGAACAGAAUGCAUGAAAAAAACUCAAACUGAAUUAAAUACAUUUGUUGCAGAAUCAGCAGAAUUAUUAUCUAUAAGUAGUAAUAAAAAUGAAUAUGUUAAAAAUCAAGAAACUGAAAAUACAAUAAUUAAUCCUCAUAUAAAUAAAAUUCCAUUAAACGAGUAUAAUGAAAAUAAUGAUAAUAAAUCUUCUGAUUCUGAAAUUAUAAAAAUUACUAAAAAGGAGAAUUUCAAAAAGAAACAUAAAAAUGACAUGAAUGAUGAUUAUGAUAAUGAUAAUAACAAUGAAAAUAACAAUAUACAUAAAAUUAGUAUAAAUAAAAUAAAAAGAUUAAAAAAAAAUUUACCAGAGGAAACAUUAGAAAUUAAUAUAGCACAUGAAGAUGUUAAAAAAAAAUAUAUAGAUGAAAAUCUAAUAUUGCAAUUAGAUGAUACUAAUGAAUUAUUUGAUCUAUCAGAUAAAAAAAAUUUAAAUAUAAAGGAAAAUAUAAAUACAUCACAGCAGGAAUUAACUAAAUUAAAUAAAUUAUCUACAAUAUGUAAUCCUAAUGAUGAAAACAAUGAUCUUGAUCAAAACAUACAAGAAAAUAAUUCAAAUUUGAUGUCUUCAGAAUUAAAUCUUGUAACUAUUAUAGAAAAUGAUACUUCUGUAAAUAAAAAAAAUCAUGAUUUUAUGGCGAUUGAAAAAUCAAUUUUAAAAGAUAAAGAUAUUCAGAAACCAGUACAAGAAUCAUUUAAUUCUAGUAGACAUUCUAUACAAAAAUACAAACUUUUUAAAGAAUUAAGAAUCUUUUUAAUAAAAUUUGAUGCUUUGAAAAACUUUAAUAAUAAAUAUUCAGCUAAAGAAAUUGAGAAAUUGAUAAAAGAGAAAAAUUUAGAAAUUCAAAAAACUUAUCAUAAUUUAAAAAUAUUUGAAAAAAAAUCUGAAGAAAGAUUCAAGCAAAAUGGAAUUAAUAAUUCAGAACAAAUAUCAGAUUUACUUUCUAUUACUAAACCUAUAUUAUCUUCUUCAGAUGAGUCUAUUAAUGAAACUUCUAACUUAUCAAAUGUAUUUGAAAAUACUGUUAAUAUUAAAAAGUCAAUAAAUAUGUUAAAUUCUGUAACAAAAUCCACUAAUGAAAUGUUAUGCUUAAAGGAAGAAAUAGUAAAAACUUCUCUAUGUAAGCAAAAAUCAAUUUCAGAAAACAUGAAAAUUAAUACACAUCUUAAAGAUACUACAAAAAGUGUUUUAACUUAUUAUUCUUCCAUGAUAUCUCCAAUGAAAGAUAAAAAAAUUAAAGAUAAGAAAGAAAUUAAAACUUCUACUUAUAAAUGUAUUGUUUGUGAUCUUAAUUUUAAAGAAUAUUCUGAUUUACAGUCACAUUUAAUUAUUCAUACACAAAAGCAAAGUAAUACUUUACCAAGUAUGUUGAAAAAUAUUAAUGAAUCAUCUGAAAAAUCUCAAGAAAUUGUAACUUGUAUUUCAGAAGUAGAAAUGUUAGAAUCACCAAGAAUAUCUGAACAAAAAAAUACGGAAUAUGUAUCAAAAUUUGUUACUAACGAUAAUAAUAAACAAUUAAAGAAAGAAGAUAUAACAAAAAAUUUAAUAAAUAAAGAGAAAAAAAAGAAAAGGAUUGAAUGUAUUAAUAAUUCAAAUGAAUGUAGUAUUUGUUUACAAGAUUUUCUAACAAAAACUGAUUUGGCAGCUCAUAUUUAUUUACAUACAGAAAAUGAAUUGCAACAAGCUUAUAAAGUUGCAAAACAAAAAUUAAAUGAGAGUGAAAAAACGAAAGAUAAAAAAUUUAAACAAAGCAAAACUAAAAAACUUAUUGACAGUAAAAAUAUAAUAUCUAACACAAUUCAAAUAAAUGAAAAAAUUAGCAGUAAAGAAGAAUUGUUAUGUGUACAAGAAUCAGAUAAUCAUAAAUCAGAUGAAUUAAUUAGAGAAAAUUCUAAAAUUAAAGAUAUAGAAUUCACUGAGAACGAUAUACAAAAUAUAGAAUUACCAAUGAAAUUAGAUAAAGAGAAAAUAAAUAAAAUAGAAUAUAACAAAAAAUCAUUUACAAUAUGUAAAUGUCAUAAUAAAUCAGGAAUCAAUGAAAACUGCUUGCAAAUUGAAAUAGUUCUUCUUUGUCACAUUUGUAAAGUGUUAUAUAGAAGUAUAAAAUGUUUUGAGACUCAUUAUCGUCUUCCUGAAUAUGCAGACUGUAAUCAGAAUUGCUUAAACAAUGGUCGUUCUCCAAAUUUAUUUUGUGUUACUUGCGGUAUGAUAUUUAAUUCAGUUCAAGAUGUACGUCAUCAUUUAGAGAUACAUGCCCGUCUUAAAGAAAACUCUAUAAUGGAUUUUCGAUGUAACAUUUGUAAAGUUAUAUUUUGUGGAAUAGGAACUCUUUUUUAUAUUCAUUGGUCAAAGCAUGCAAGAGAUUCUUUAUGGAUGGCUAAUGAACAAUCAUUUCCAAAGAAUUCUAUAAUAAAUUCAAAACUAAAAAAAAAUUCUUCAAUGAAUUUAAAUAUAUCUACAGAAGAUUAUAUUCAAGUUGCAGAAUAUGUUUGCAACAAUUGCAAAUUACCUUUUAUUAAUGAAGAUGAUUUAAAAGAACAUAUUCAAAAGUGUAAUAAAUCUAAUUUAUUUAAAAAUAUAACUGUAGAAAACUCUAAUAACAUUGUUCAGACACAUUUGACAAUAAAAAUAAUUUGUAAUUUAUGUGAUAACACUUUAAAAAAAAGUGAAUUUUAUGAGCACAUAAAAAAUAAACAUAAUUUUAGUGAUCCUCAAUUUCUUUGUAUAUCACUUGCAACUGCAAAAUUAAUAUUUAUUUGCAGUAUUUGUAUGGUAAUAACUGAAAAUUUUUAUGAUUUUGAGGAUCAUUGGUUGAAGCAUAAUAUAAUUCAUGUAAAUUUUACAUGUAUACAUUGCAAUACUAAAUAUCAUAAUAGUUUAAAUUCUUUUAUAAAACAUGCUAAAGAACAUAAAGAGAGUUAUGAUCUGUUGUCCUGUAUAGUGAAUUAUGAAAAAGCAAAAUUUAUUUGUGAUUUUUGUAAUAUUGGUUUUGAGUCUUCUCAAAAUAUGCAAGAACAUAUUAAUAUUCAUAAACAGAUAUAUUUUAAAAUUGAUGAAGUUGCAAAUCAUAAUGACUCUGCAUUGUUAUCAAAGAAAAAUCAUGCUUCCAAUCUUACAGAAAUAUCAACUGUUGAGAAACAGUUAGAGAAAACAUCACAAGUGAAAACUCAAACAAUAAAAAAAAUAAAUAAGAUUUGUUCAACAAAAUCUGGUGUAGACAAUGAUACUGAGAAAUUAAUCAAGAUAUUAGAAGGAAAUGAAGAUGAUUCUGAGUUAGUAAUAGAUUUGAUAAACCAAUCAGAAUCAUUAAAUGAAAAAAGUAAGGAAAAAGAAAUUACUUCUAAUACUAUAGAAACAUCUUGUAUUAAUCAAACUAAUAUAAUGUUAAAAAAUAAUGUAACUAAAUCAUCAGUAACAAAUUUAAAUGUUCAAACAUCUUCACAUUUUACAAAUUUAGAAUCUUCUCAAAAUAUUUUAAAUUCACAAAUGUUUAAUUCAAAUGUUAAAUGUACAAAUGUUUUGCAAGAUUCACAUAUAUCUUCAAAAAAGAUUAAUAAUAAUAAUAAUAAUCAAUUUGAUCCAAAAAUUAAAACAAUAGAUGAUCAAUUAAUCGUAAAGAAUAUACAACCAAUUCUUCAAAAUAAUGAAUCUCAAGAUGUUCCAACUACAAAAGAAUUAGAAUCAGUUUUGAAGACACUAUUAAAAUCAGAGGAAGAAGAAAUUCCACCAAGAAAAGGAUUCUUAAGAGUGAAAACUCUUGCGGAACUUAGAGAUCCUGUAAAAUUAAACAAACUUGAUGAUCAUGCUAUUGAAAAUGUUGGUGAUUCAAUCAAUCAUUUUAAAAGUCAUAACAUUUUUAAUGAAAAUGAUAAACAACAUAAAACUACAGAAAAAGAAUUAUCUUCAAAACAAUUUAUAGAUACUUCGAACAAAUUUGAGAAAUCAUUAUACGAAAAAACAAUGCAAUCUCAAAAAAAUUCAAAUAUAUUACCAUCGUCUUUAUCUAAUUCAAAUUCACAAUUAAAUGUCUCUGAAAUUCAAAUUUUUCAACCAUAUAAUACAGUAAUAAAUAGUCAACAACAACAGCAUUUGCAAACAAAUAUAAAUCAAAAUAAAUAUUCAUCUUCUCCACAAGAAGUAAUAUCAACAUACCAUAAAAAUUUACCAGCUUGCAAUAUUGCUCGAACUACUAUACCACAUUCUAUUUUGAAGAAUAAUGAUGGAUUUAAUAAAAUUGCAAAAACUAUUAAUAUACAACAAAAUGUAAAUACAGCACAUACAAUGUCUUCUUCUAUCAAUAAAAAUGAUCAAAUGUCUUCUUCCAUCAAUAAAAAUGAUCAAAUGUCUUCUUUCAAUAAUACAAUUAAUUCAAAAAAAAAAUAUAAAUGUCAUUAUUGCGAUUUUUCUACAAAUAAUUUAUCAAACUUGUUAAAACAUAACUUACCAGGUAAUUAUAUUAGCUGUAAAAAACAAUAUUUGCAACAUAGUGAGCAGCAUGAAAAACUCAAAGAAGUUAAUAAUUUACAAACAAAGACAAUUAUGCAGAACCAAAAUUCAAGUUAUGAACAAUUUCAAAAAUCAAAUAUAAAUCAAUCAGGAAUUAAAUAUACUUCUUUGCCUACAUGUUAUCAAUAUCCUUAUAUUACUAUAAAUAAUUCAGAUAAAAGUACUCCAAUGUUUAAGCAAAAUCAGCAAAUAAUAACUAAUCAACCAACAACAGAAAAUGUUUCUUCUCUUUAUUAUAAAAAUUUAAAUCAUAACGCUGGUGGAAUGUCAAUAGUGAUGAAUCAAGUUGCUCCUGCUAUACAGAAUAUACCACCAAUAGAAUUUGUGCAACAACCAACACAGCAACAAAUAUAUCAAUCACAAGUUUACAAUGAACCAACAACAAUUAUAGAUGCUCAAUAUAUGCAGCAAUCACAGAAUUUAAUAAAUUUUUCUGAUGUUUACCAAAUGACGAGCAAUCAGUAUGAAGUAACUAAACCAAAUAUUACAACUUAUGAAAUUCGAUAUGUAUGUUCUUAUUGUACGAAAAAAUUUAUUUCUGAAGAUUUAUUGCAGUUGCAUAUAAACAUUUUUCAUAAUUUUGUAUGUAAUAUUUGCAAUUUGCGUUUAUAUAAUUUUAACGAUUUUGAUCUUCAUAAAAUUAAACAUAAAAUAUAUUAAGUUCAAAUUGUUACUAAUUUAAAAUAAUAAAUAUAUAUAAAAUAUAUAAUAUAUAAAAUAUUAAGAGAUACAUUUAUAGUUUGAUAUUUAUAAAUAAAUAUUGUAUAAAUAUGUCAAAAUUAUACAUAUUAAGGAUAUAAUAUAUAAUUGCAUGAUAUAUAAUUUUUUGUAAAAAUUACCAUAUCAAACUGCAAUAAUUAUGCACUGAGUGAAUUAAGUAAUAAUUUAAUAUUAUAUUUUUGAUUUUUAAUUUAUUUAUAAGAAAAUAUAUUUUAAUAUUUUAUUAAUAAUAUUUUCAUAAUAACCUAAAUAUCUUCAUUGUUAAUUACAUUUAUUUUAAUAAGGUUUAAUUUUUAGUAUUUUAUAAUCAUAUCAUAUUUAAAUAAAAUAUAUAUAUAUAAAAUUAGAUUUAAAUAUAUUUCAUAUUUAAAUAAUAUGAUACAAAUAGCAUAUUAAUAUACAGUAAAAUAAAUUUUUAAUUAAUUUAAUUUUUGUAUCAAAUAAUUUAGUUCAAAUUUCAUUAUUUUAAUGAGAAAUCGUAAGAUAAUUACGGGAUCAAUCAACUAUUAUUAUAUAAAAUUUACUUACAUACUUACAUAUAAACUAUUUGUCUUCUAAUAGAUUCAAAUAAAUAAUAUUUUAUUAUAAUUAAAUGAGUAAUAGUAUUAUAUGAAAUAUAAAAUAUUUUUACAUCUGUAAAGUACUUCUAUUAUAAUUUUAAUUAUUAAUAUCAAUACCAACGAAUAAAUAUUAUGAAGAAAAGAAAUUAAAUAGAUGAUUUUUAAAUAUGAAUAAAUAUUAAAAUAAUAUACAUAUAUUUCCCUUUAUUCGGCACUUUGAGCUUUAUAUUUUUUUUUUACAAUAACGUUUCGACCUUUAUAAUCGACAAAGUCAUAAACAAAUUGAGAUACAAUCAUUGGAAACAUAUUCUGACAUUUAAAAUGAUUAUAAUCAUUCAGAAAUGAAUCGAUUUGAAUUGAUGAUUAAAGUUAAUUAAUAUACUUAUAUAAUACUAUCAUUUGUCAUUAUUAAGUCAUUGAAACAUUAUUCGUCAACCGAUUAUAAUUUUUCCAAUAAUUGUAUUUCAAUUUGUGUAAUUACGGUAAACAUUGGAUAAGUACUUGAAAAUCGAGAUUCAAAUUAAAUAUUAAUGAACAAAAUAUCAAUAUAUAUCGAUCAAAUUUAUAAAUAUUUAUUUUCUUUUGUAGAAAAAUAAGCGAAAAAGAAUAAAGACUGAAAAUAAACAUAUCAAGUCAUAGUACAUUAAAGAAAUAUUUACGCCCAAUAAUUAGAUUUGACAACUUAUUCAAUGCUUACUAUAUUGAAGUACAAGUACAAAUAAGACAAUAGUUACGAGCAACCAGAAAGAAAUAAUUUCGCAUUUUCUUAUGCUUGCUCUUAACUAUUGUAAAGAAUGAUUUUUAUGUGAAUUACUAAUUGUAAAAGUUAAUUGAAAUCUCAUUUUAUGUACCUUUUUAAAGUUAUUAGCAAUUCGGAGGAUUUCUACAAAGAUAAGCAAAAAUCACGUAACUUAAAGUUAAAUAAUAAAAAAAAAAUGGAACUUUUCAUUACGCGAUUUUUUCUUUUUAUAAAUUAAUUAAAAUAUUCAAAUCCUACGCUUUGCUCGUAACUUGUAUUAAACAUAACGUUUCGAGCUUUUAAUUAUAUUUAUUAAUCUGUAAUAUAUAUUAAUCUUAGUUUUUAAUAUUAAAUAAAAAAAUUAUAAAUAAUCAUGAAAAUGAAAAUUUAACAACAAAAAUAAUAAUAUUUAUUUAAUAAUAAAUUAAUUAUUAAAAAUUUAUUAUUAAAUAAAUUUGUUAUUAAAAAUAUUUUUAAAUACUGAAAAGGAGCUCAAAGCGUUGAUUAUUACACAAGUUAUACAAUCCUAUUUGAGCGAAAUGUGAUGAAACAUAUUCUUUAUAAUAUUUGAAAAAAAUCGAUAUCUUGAAUAAAUUAAAAUAUUCAAAAGAAAAAAAAUUA